GGUAGUCACGUGUAGAAUUUUUUUGGUGAAAAGACAUACUUCGCGCGAUCUGACUUAAUUUUUAGUUAAACAAGUAACAAUGUAUAAUUACGUGGUCACUGCUCAUAAGCCCAGUACUGUUGUCUCCUCUGUGAGGGCAAGUUUCUCUGCACCCGAUGAAACAAACUUGAUUUUAAAUAAGACGACACGUUUAGAAUUCUACACACUCGUACCGAACGGUCUAAAAUUAUUCAUGGACUUGCCUGUGUAUGCCAGAAUUUCCGCAAUGGAAGUAUACAGACCGCGAGGAUGCACAACGGAUCUUCUUUUUGUUGCAACAGCUCGAUAUCAAUAUUUUGUUCUAUCAUAUGAUGUUGAAAAUCAGAAAUUGAUUUCCGAAGCAACGGGAAAUUUUAAAUAUCGAGUUGGAAGACCCGCAGAAUUGGGAGUACUUUCUGUAAUGGAUCCUAGUUGUAGAAUGAUUGGAUUGUACGCGUAUCAAGGAUUGUUAACAGUGAUGCCAAUGGUGACAAAUUCUGGGAAGCAAAAACAACAAUUGAAUAAAAGUUCUCAGCAACUCCGAAGGGAUUCAAGAAUUAGUCAACCUGUUGGAACCAUUCAAAAGCCAUUUAAUUUAAGAUUAAAGGAAUUAUUGAUCCGAUCAAUGGUUUUAUUAUAUAACACGGAAUUACCUACAAUUGCUAUUUUAUACGAAGAUUCAAAAAAUCAAUGUCACAUCAAAACUUACAGAAUAAAUCUUAAAGAAAAAGAAUGUAUAGAUAAUCCUUGGAAAUUAACUAAUAUUGAUGAUACUUCUAAUUUAUUAGUUGCCGUUCCCAAAGGUGGAUUUUUAAUUGUACAAUCAAAAACCAUUAUAUAUUACGAUGGUAAUUUUAGACCUAGACAAAUUGAUUUGGAAUUUCCAACUGCGGCAAGAGGAAUUGCGGCUGUUGACGAUGACGGAUCAAGAUAUUUGAUUGGUGAUGUAUUUGGACAACUUAUUUUAAUUGUGUUACCCGAUACAGGAGACUUAUACACCCAUUUUCUUGGAAAGAUUUCGGUACCAUCAAGCCUUCUUUAUCUUGAUCAUAGUUAUGUUUUUGUUGGGUCACAUUUUGGCGAUUCACAACUAAUAAGAUUACGUCAAGAUAAGAAUGAACAAGGCUUUUUACUAGACAUACUUGAAAAAUUUAUCAACUUGUCACCGAUACAAGAUUUUUGUGUAGUAAAUUUGGAACGGCAGGGACAAGGCCAAGUUAUUACUUGUUCGGGCGGUUCAAGAGAUGGGUCAUUACGAAUUAUUCGUAAUGGUGUUGGCAUUACGGUUCAGGCAACACUUGAUAUGUCUGGAAUAAAUGGUAUUUGGUCUUUACGCCCACGCUUUGAUGCUGAUUAUGAUGAUAUGUUGGUUAUCUCCUUUAUCGGGGCAACACGCAUUUUAAAAUUAUCGCAAGGUGAAGAAUUAGAAGAAAUAGAUCAGUACUGUGGCUUUGAUAUGACCCGCUCCACCAUAUCAACUGCCAACAUAAUUGGAAAUUUACUUGCGCAAGUCACUGAGACUAGCGUAAGAUUGAUAGAUUUAAAUAAUCAAAGAGUCACUUCAGAAUGGAAUCCUCCAGCUCUAAGUAAGAUUACUGUGGCUGAUAUAAAUCCUACUCAAGUAGUAGUAGCACUUGGUGGUGGAAACUUGGUAUAUUUCGAGAUAAAAGGUUUAGAUCUAGUGGAAAUAAAAUCAACGACAUUAGAAUACGAAAUUUCAUGUGUUAAUAUUAGUCCAUUAGAUAUUAAUAAACCUAUAAAUUCUACGGUAGUUGCUGUAGGUCUUUGGACCAUAAUCGGCGUGCAGAUAUUGAGGUUGCCUACUUUAGAAAUAAUAGCAAAUCAACCUCUUGAAGGCACAGCAAUUACUCGUUCUGUAUUAUUAACAACUUUUGAGUAUAAUCAUUACCUAAUAGCUGCAUUGGGUGAUGGACAAUUGUUUCAUUUUAUCUUCACUCCGGAAACAGGUCGAUUAUCAGAGAAGAAACAACUUUCUCUUGGUACACAACCUAUAAUGUUAACCUCGUUCACAUCCAAUGGAAUGAAUCACGUUUUUGCUGCUUCAGACAGACCAACAGUAAUAUAUAGUAGCAACAAAAAAUUGCUUUAUUCCAAUGUUAAUACAAAAGACGUGACAUAUAUGUGUCCUUUCCGACCUACACCUAUGGCAACAUCAUUGGUCAUCACACAUGAGGAAGGAUUAACUAUUGGCAGUAUUGAUGAAAUACAAAAGCUUCAUAUUAGGACAAUACCUCUUAACGAAAUGCCACGUCGUAUAUUUCAUCAAGAAUACAGUAAUACCAUUGGAAUUUUAACAACAAGACCAGUACCCGACCCUGAAACUGGUAUACAAGAACAUUUAUCAUUUUUCAAGAUUUUAGAUGAUCAAUCAUUUGAAUUUUAUGAUUGGUCUGAAAUGUUACCACAUGAAUGGGUUCACUGUCUUACUUCUGUAAAAUUCGAUCAAGAAAAGGAAGCAGCACCAGAAUAUUAUAUUGUUGGAACUUCAUUCGUUUUUCCAAACGAACCUGAAUCUGAAAGGGGUAGAAUUCUGGUAUUCCACGUAGACAAAGAAGCUGAACAUGCACAUAAAUUAAGAUUAGUUCACCAAAAAGAAGUGAGAGGUGCGGUUUUUACAUGUGCACCGUUUAAUGGUAAAUUAUUAGCGGGCAUAAAUUCAAAGGUGAUUGUUUUAGAAUGGAAUUCUCAAGAAGGAGAAGAACAAUUGACAGAAGUUUGUUCUUAUAGAGAACUUACUAUGGCAUUACACGUUGUCUCACGAGGUCACUUUGUAAUAGUUGGUGAUUUAAUGCGAUCUGUUACUUUGUUAGCAUAUAAAGAAACGGAAAAAGGAGAGAAAAUGUUGGAAUUAAUAUCUAAAGAUUAUAAUCAAAAUUGGUUAUUGGCAAUCGAAGCUCUUGAUGAUGAAGAGUUCAUAGCUUCUGAUGCAGAUCACAACCUUUUUACCCUUAGAAAGAAUUCUGAUUCAACGGAUGAAGAGGAAAGGAAAAAAUUGGAAGAAGUGGGCGCAUUUCAUUUGGGUGAUCAAAUAAAUCGAAUACGACAUGGAUCCUUGGCUAUGAAUAAUCCAGAUAUUGAACCUAUUGCCUCAAGAACUUUGUUAUUUUGUACAGUUUCCGGUGCAAUCGGUGUUAUUGCAACCAUAUCAGAAGAAAGGUUUAACUUUUUACAAAAGUUGGAACAUUGUAUAGACAAAACUAUCGGUCCUAUUGGUGGAUUAACUCAUUCAGAUUGGCGAGUUUUUCAGAACGAAUAUCGAUCACGUGAAGUACGAGAUUUUAUUGAUGGUGAUUUGAUAGAAUCUUUUCUAGAUUUACCCCGUAAAGACAUGGCAGAAAUUGCUGGUACAUUAGGCAAGAAAGUGGAUGAUUUAUUGAAAAUAGUAGAAGAAUAUACGAGGAUACAUUAAUGUCAUUAAUGUCAUUGAUAUCAUUGAUGUCUGAUGUCAUUGAUGUAUUGUUGAUAAAAUUGAUAAAAAAAGUUUAAGUUAAAAAACUCAUUCUGCCAAUUCAAAAGAAGAUAUAUCAUAUUUGUAUUCAUAUAUCGGGUAUCAUGAUUGUUAAUAUAUGUAUGUACAUUCAAUUUUUGAACAAUAAAGUAUUAUUAUAAACAUUAUAAAGCAUCAUAAAGCAU